UACUUAUCGUAAGUGUUAAGUCUCAACCUAUUUAUUAAGAUAGGGCUGAAAACUACUAAUCCCACAGUAAACUAUGUCACUAACACUACUAAUACUGGGGAGCUGCCUUCUUGGGAGAUCUCUGUCCACCUCUUGGAGUGAUCCAAUUAGAAGUAGUGACAGCUACGAUUACAGUGACUCCGGCCUCUUUAAGGUAAACAACGACAAACAAAACGACAACGACGACGGUAAUGAAGGCAACCAAGGGAAUAAUGAAAAUAACCAUGAGGAUAAUGAUGAUAACCACGGGAAUAAUGAGAACAGCCAUGAGCAUAAUAAUGAAGUUCAAAAUAAUGGUGAAAAUCAAGGAAAGGAUGAAAACGAACACGAUAAUAAUAGCGAAAAUCACGUGAUAGAAGAAAAUCCAGAUCUUGGUAACCACGAAGAUGAAAAUAACCAUGAUCACCACGGGGAAGAUAAUAAUGAAAAUAAUGCUGAUAAUGAAAACCACAGUAGUCAUGAGGAAGAAGAUAACCACGAGCAUGAAAGUAAUGGCGAAAGUCAUAGCGAAGGAGAUAAUCAUGGAAACCACACUGAUCAUAAUCACAAUGAAGAUCACGAUAAUAAUAACAAUAACCAAGAAAAUAAUGAUCACAACCAAGGCAGUCAACAUGGAAACAGUACUGACAGUGGUGAAGGUGAUGGCAACCAGAAUCACGACAGUAAUAAAAACCACACUGAAAGUAGAAACCUGUUUUAUCUAUAUGGUGCUUCCAAUAGAUAUUAGUUAAUUGUUAAGGAACUUUAUAAAAGUAUAACAAAUUAUAAUAAUAGUAUAAUUAUUGUUGGUUAGAGUCUAAUAUAUUCGAAAAUAUAAACCAUGUGUUAUCAAAGUUAUGUGCAAGAUUUUUCUUUGUAUCAUAGGUUAAAAUAAAUAAAUGUUAUGAAAUAACCUUGCUUUUUUAAACAUAUUGUUUUCGAGCAACAUAUUUCUGUGUCUGGCCUGAUAAAAUAUAGCAAGAGUACAAUUUAAAGUAUAAGAAUCUAGCAGAAAGUAACGUUGGUCCGUUACACUGACAACAGACUUCUCCCUCCCUUUAUGUGUGCUUAUUUUGUAAUUUUUUAGAUGAAACCACUAUUAUAUAAAUCCAAUAAGAGCAUUUAGUUCGAAUUGAAAUAACUUUUUUGUAAAUCUAAGAGGUUUUUGGUGUUGGGUGGAAAUACAAUAAAGUACAAGUCUUGUCAAACAAUUCUAUAAGAUCACAUAGCUUAAACGUUUCAGUUAUAUUAUUCAUACCUAACAUAUUUUAUAUAUAAUUUGACACUAUUUUGACUGUCUCGACUGAGUUCUUUUAUACUUUCGGUGAAAUCUUUGAUUUACGUAGAUACUUACAAAUACUUAAAGCAAAUUUGCUCAGGUAUGGAACUAUGCGCACUUAUUGUUAUCAAAUUACUCGUGAUUAAACUAAUAUUUGUCAAGAAUCUUUCUUCAUUAUGACACAAUAUUGAACAAUUUUUAAUAUGUGUGUAAAUAUAAUUAUAUUUCACCUACUCUUCCUACCAUCUAUGGCGCACUAUGAAGAGUAGCAUCAUAGGUUAACAAGCAUUAACUUCAUAAACUGAAGAGAUUUGAGGAAGAUAAGGUGUUUAGGAAAAUAAAUUUACACCCUUUACACUUUUUAAGUUGUACAUCACUUAAUUUUGAUAUGACAAUAGUACUUACACCAACAAGGCUGAUGCCGAUAUCUUUCGUCAAAAUUUUACUCUUUACUUAUUCAUGACCAUUCUCACAUUUAAAUGCCCAAAGAUUUUUUGGUGAGCAACCUUUUUAUAAAAUCGGAUAUUUAAGGUUUCCCCUUAUUCUUAUUCUAUAUAAAAGUACUUUCCGUCCUUAUUAAAUCGUAAAUAUAUUAAAAGAAAGAAAACAUGUCCUUACCAAAAAUAUCCUCGUUAUAGAAAUAUUUCAGAAGUUUAAUAAAUAAGUACUUUAGAAUAAAAAGGCAUGUCUGUUAUCAUUUAGUGAUGUGCUGGUAAGAUCUGCAAUGAUUUGCUAAGAAAUUACUUUGAUUAAAAAUGAUAUGGUUUGCCAAUAUUAGCAUAAAAUUAAAAAUAAUAUACAAUUUUAAAAGAUUUGAAUGUGAACUUGAUGUGUUCUUAUAUCUUGCAAUUGUAAAUUAAAUAUGUGUUUUGUAUUA